AUGAGGUCGACGUUGCUGGCCUUUGCCUUGGCGGCGCACGCCUCGCCGUCACUGGAGGUCGGCUUCUGCCAGCACUCGUGCCCGCAGGCGGAAGAGAUCGUGCGCAACGCCGUCCGCCGCGCGCUCGCCCGUGAACCGGGCCUCGGCGCCGGGCUCAUCCGGAUGCACUUCCACGACUGCUUCGUCCGCGGCUGCGACGCCUCCAUCCUCAUCAACUCCACGCCGGGCAACAAGGCCGAGAAGGACUCCGUCGCCAACAACCCCAGCAUGCGCGGCUUCGAGGUCAUCGACGACGCCAAGGCCGCCCUCGAGGCGGACUGCCCGCGCACCGUCUCCUGCGCCGACGUCGUCGCCUUCGCGGCGCGCGACGGGGCCUACCUCGCCGGCGGCGUCGAGUACCAGGUCCCCUCGGGACGCCGCGACGGCCGCGUCUCCAACGCCGACGAGGUGCUCGACAACAACGUCCCCGGGCCGACCGACCUCGUCGGCGAGCUCGUCGAGAGCUUCGGGCGCAAGGGCCUCUCCGCCGACGACAUGGUCACGCUCUCCGGCGCGCACACCAUCGGCCGCUCCCACUGCUCCUCCUUCACGCAGCGUCUCUACAACUUCAGCGGCCAGCUGGGGCAGGCCGACCCGUCCAUCGACCGCGCCUACGCCGAGCACCUCAAGCAGCGGUGCCCGUGGCCGUCCAGCGACGGCCAGAUGGACCCCACGGUGGUGCCGCUGGACCCCGUCACGCCGGCGAACUUCGAGAACCAGUACUUCAAGAACGUGCUCGAUCACAAGGUCGUGCUCACCUCCGACCAGACGCUGCUCGACAGCCCGCGGACGGCCGGGAUCGUCAGGUUCCACGCCGCCGUCGACAAGGCGUGGCAGGUCAAGUUCGCCGCGUCCAUGAUCAGGAUGGGCAACAUCGAGGUCCUCACCGGCGACGAGGGGGAGAUCAGGGAGAAGUGCUUCGUCGUCAACAGCUACUAGUCAUUGCAACCUCGAUCUAGAGCUACACCAGCUUUGAAGCUUUGAAAUUUGAAUGGGACACCACUUCCACCAAUCGAAUUGAUUUAUUUUCUUAUUAAUUUUAUGUAAUCAUCGUCAUAUUCAUCAGCCGUGCUCUUGAAAUAAUUUUUGGUCA